CGGCGAGCGGCGAGCGGCGAGCGGCGAGCGGCGAGCGGCGCGCGGAGCGGAGCCAGGCCCGGCUGUUCGCGGGCUGCCCCGAAGCUGCGGCGUCCGCCGGGACCAUGGCGGCGCUGAGGAGAGGCAGCGGCGCGGCCCCCCGGCUCCUCGCCGUGGCCGUCUCCUGCCAGAGCUGCCGCCCUAAAGCAAGCCAGUGCCCCGGGGACAGCGGACACGGGCAGCUCAGGGACCACCAGCCGGCGGCCACCGGCAGAGCCCGGCGAGGCGCAGAGCCCGGCCCCGCCGCGGGCAGCCAGCCCCUCCCGGCCGAGGGAGCCGACACCAAGACCUACUUGUGGGCCAGGUACCAUGAGAUGAAGAAGCUGGUCUACGAUCUUCUUCCACCAGGAGUCUGCAAUCUCCUCAACCCAGCUGCUAUCUACGCUAACAACGAGAUCAGUCUGGGAGAUGUUGAGAUAUAUGGCUUUGACUACGAUUACACAUUAGCACAGUAUUCUAAUUUGCUACACUCUAUGAUUUUCAACACUGCCAGAGACAUCCUAAUAGAGCAAUUCAAGUAUCCAGAAGGGCUUGGGAAGUAUGACUACAUUCCAGGGUUUGCCAUACGUGGACUUCACUAUGAUGUACAAAAGAGUCUUCUGAUGAAGAUCGAUGCUUUCCAUUAUGUCCAGCUGGGGACGGCAUAUAGAGGGCUCAAACCAGUGCCUGAUGAAGAGGUAAUUGAACUCUAUGGUGGUACGCAGCACAUCCCCUUGUACCAGAUGAGUGACUUCUAUGGCAAGGGUCCAUCACUUAAGCAGUUUAUGGAUAUUUUUUCUCUCCCUGAAAUGACGCUGCUCUCUUCAGUCAUUGAUUACUUCAUAACUCAUGGCAUUGAGUUUGACCAGGUGCAUCUUUACAAGGAUAUAUCUGAUGCUAUUAGAGAUGUGCAUGUGAAAGGAGUGAUGUACAAAUGGAUUGAAAAAGAUCUGGAACAGUAUAUUCUGCAUGGGGAUGAAAUCUAUGCUGUGCUAAACCGCCUGGUGAACCACAAGAAGAAACUCUUCCUCAUUACAAACAGUCCCUUUAGCUUUGUGGACAAAGGAAUGAAACACAUGGUUGGCAAGAACUGGCGGGACUUAUUUGACAUGGUCAUUGUGCAAGCUGACAAGCCCAACUUCUUCACUGAUCGGCGGAAACCUUUCAGAAAACUGGAUGAUAAAGGCUCACUGCAGUGGGACAAAAUAAACCAGCUGGAGAAAGGAAAGAUCUACAAAGAGGGAAACCUCUUUGAUUUUCUGAGGCUGACGGGCUGGCGUGGGUCCAAAGUGCUCUACUUUGGUGACCAUCUGUACAGCGACCUUGCGGACCUCAUGCUGCGUCACGGCUGGAGGACUGGAGCCAUCGUUCCUGAACUGGAGACGGAGAUUCGGAUCAUAAACACAGAGCAGUACAUGCACUCCCUGACCUGGCAGCAGGCUCUGACGGGGCUUUUAGAGAGAAUGCAGAUGUAUCAGGAUGCAGAGUCAAAGCAAGUGUUGCUGGAAUGGAUGAAGGAGCGGCAGGAGAUCAGGUCGCUGACAAAGAACCUGUUCAACCCCCAGUUUGGAAGCAUCUUCCGCACCUUCCACAACCCUACGUAUUUCUCUCGACGGCUGGUGCGGUUCUCUGAUAUCUACAUGGCUUCCAUCAGCUGCCUGCUGAACUAUGACGUGAAUUUCACCUUCUACCCCCGGCGCACCCCCCUGCAGCACGAGGCUCCGCUCUGGAUGGAUCAGCUCUGCACAGGCUGCAUGAAAACCCCCUUCCUGGAGGAGAUGGUGCACAUCCGGUGAAGGGCCAGGUACUCUGGGCAACAGCACCGUGCCAGUCUGUACGUAGGGCCAGGCUGCUCGGCCAGCAGCACCUCUGUCUACCACUAAAGGGCGUUUGACACUUA